CCAAUCGCACCCUGCUGCAACACAAAUCCCACCCACCAGCCCCCCCUGCGCGGUCUCUGCCGCGCUGCCGGCGCCCUUUCUCCACCGAACGCCGUGCCGAUGCUUCCAGAACGAGGUUCCGGCCUACGCACGUAUCAUUUUAUUUCUUACACACCUACCUUUCCUUUCGUUUUGCCCAGCGGAGCGCUGUCCGCCCCAAGUGGAAAUAAGCCGCAGGCGAGUCAUGACCUCAUCCCGUCAGCGACGCGAGGAAUCUCUUGGCGAUAAGCAUGGGGGGUGGGCAGCACUGAUCAAUACAUUAGACGGGCUCGCAUUAUCGACCAGCUGGGCGUCAUGUGCCAGCCCGCCCCGUCCAAUCGACAGGCGACCUGCCCCAAUCGCAACUCUUGGCCCUGGCCCUCCGCUGCGUCCGGAGCGGCGCCAGAUAAAUUUGGAACACUCGUAUGAGCCGACACCCCGUUCCCCGCCGCUAGCCCGCAAACCAGAUCUCCAGAUGCACCACGCCGGAAAUGAUGCCACCCAAAAGGCCUCUCCGGCACCAAUGCGGCCUCCAUGGGGGGCUGCCAUGAAAUUGCGCCUGAGGCCCAGCCGUCUCACUUCAUGCGCCGGCGGGGCCUGCCGACUGGAAGGGCAUAGCUUGCAUGUCCUGUGCGCCUGUGUCGUGAGCCAACGUGUCGUUUUGCCUGCUCGUCGUCGGCUGCCCGUUGCGGUAGAUGCCAUCCCAGCAUCUCGACACUCAGCUCCUGCCUUGACCGGUCAGCCCUCGGAGACGCCGCCACUGCGAUCUUCGUGCCAGAACCCAGAACCCGAAUUGCGGGUCAUGCGGUGGACCGAACUUACAGCGGCCUGUUGUGACUGUUCGUUGCAAGCGCACUGCAACCGGACUUGAGCGGUACCGGAUGUGACACGGAGCGACUAACGGCUUUGUGUUGCUAUUAGUGUGAACUAUGAGUCGGAGCGCGUUUUCGGCAGAAAUCGUAAGUUGCAGGGGCUUGACAAGGGUGCCUUCCUAGGUAUUAUCGUAGUGAGUGAACGAAUACGCCAUGUGGGCGGCCAGUGGUUGCAAGCCCCCCAGACCCAUGGGCGAUUGUGGACCGCGGCCGAAGGCGCAGGAUUUCGUGACUGGUUGACGUGAGUGGGAUGCUGAUGCGGUCAUCAGGCCUGCCUGACCGAGGAGAUGCUUGCCGUCUUCGUCGAUGCUCGGUCGUCCGAUUUACGAGCGUCGUCGUCAAGGCCGUGGGUGAAAAUUACAGGAGACGUGCGAUGAAC